AUGCAAGACACGAUAAUACCGCCACCUUUGCGGAUCGCCGACCUCGCCUUCACGUCCUUCACGACCUCCCAUGUCCUACUGACGCUCUGCCAACUGAGCAUCCCAGACUUCCUGGCCACCGGGCCUCAGACAGCCUUGGCCCUCAGCCAAAAGUUGGGCACGGACCCGGACCGCCUGUUCCGGCUGCUGCGAUUCGCGGGGGUGCACGGGUUACUAACCAUGCGCAGCGCGGGCGGGAAAAAAGGUUCUUGGACGCCGGAGGGAACGCUGUUCAAGAACAACGCGCUCAGCUCCAUGCUGUGCGACGACCACCCGCAGAGCCAGCGCCACAUGGUGCUGUGCCUGCUGGGCAAGGACAGGCUGGCGGCGGCCUGGGAUGAGCUGGAAUGGGCGGUGCGUACAGAGGGCGGAGAUGCAAUGAAACGCGCGUAUGGGCGAGGAGUCUGGGAGCAUCUUGAAAAGAGCGACGGCCUCGAGGAUCUUUUCUCGCGCGCCAUGGCCGACCUGGACCAUUCCUGUGCAACCACCGUGUUGAAAGACUACGACUGGCGCCGAUUUGACCGGUACAUUGACAUCGGGGGAGCAUAUGGGUCAUUCCUUGCGAGCCUCUUGGGCCGCCACCCUGCGGCCAAGGGAGUGCUCUUUGACCAGCUGCAGGUGGUUGAGAGAGCAGAGGGCGACUGGCUGCGUCACCCAGAGCGGAAGCUGCUGGCAGACAGGACAGCCUUCACCAGCGGGGACUUCUUCAAGCCAGAGACGCUGCCGCGUGCGGAGGGCCCUGGGGAUGUGUACGUGCUGCGCCAAGUCUGCCACGACUGGAGCGACGAUGACACGCUGGCGAUUCUGCGGAGCGUGCGAAGCGCGAUGGGAUCACACCAGUGCACGCUGGCACUCGUCGAGGCGGUGAUCAAGCCGACGCAGCAGGCGACGGCGGACCCGUACAAUCGCGCGCGGGCAGCCAGCGACCUGCACAUGAUGCUCAUGUUCGGCUCCCGCGAGCGCGACGCCGAGCAGUGGCGUUCCCUGCUGGCCGCCGCCGGCUUCUCUCUCGGCCGCAUUGUCCCGACCCGCUCCAUGUUCUCGAUUGUCGAGGCCACCCCCGUGCCAGUGACUGUGUAG